CGGGAUUGAAUGACACGGCCUAGAUCAGCCUUGUAGCCUCACACCUUCUCAAUUUCCAACAACGAAGCUCCGUAUUUUGCGAGUCUGACAGACAAUUGGCCACUAUAGUCAGACAUCGACCAACCUAAACUUUUUUGAUCCUCCCGCCAUGACUUCUGUCCAUUACCUGUAAACUCCAUCCGACCAUCCUAUUCGCAAUCAUGGCUCCCUCUGCCAUCGAUGAGCCCGCCAUCAAGGCGCCCGAACAAAAGACAUAUCCUUCCGCCAAGAUCUUCCCCGUCAAGGAGACACGCUUCGAGAAUUACAUCGAACCUACAAAGGAUGGCCGCGAACGCGCUUUGAAGCAGCCUGAUAGCGCUGCUAUCGUCAUUGAUAAUGGAUCGUCUGCGGUGCGCGCCGGCUGGUCUUUCGAUUCGAAGCCAAGGUUCAGCAUCCCUCCGAUUAUGGCCAAAUACCGCGACCGAAAACUGGGCAAGACCUUUUCUUUUGCUGGCUCGGAUUGCUAUGCCGACACGACCGCGCGAGGUCACAUCCGAGGCGCCUUCGAGGCUGGUACAGGAAUUGUCAGUAAUUGGGAUGUGAUGGAGCAUGUACUCGAUUACAUUUUCUUGAAACUUGGCAUGAAUGAUGCGGACGGUGCCAUUGAAGUGCCAAUUGUCAUGACAGAGGCUGUUGCUAAUCUCCCUUACUCAAGAAAAUCUAUGACUGAAAUCAUCUUCGAAUGCUACGGCGCGCCUUCGCUAGCCUACGGAAUCGACUCACUCUUUUCAUACCGACACAACAAGGGCAAGACUGGUCUCGUGGUUUCGUCAUCAUACACCUCCACUCAUGUAAUUCCUGUAUACAACUCGAAAGCUUUACUCGGACAAGCCACACGAUUAAACUGGGGAGGCUAUCACAACGCCGAAUACCUUCUCAAACUCAUUCGACUCAAAUACCCGGCCUUCGCUGGGAAGCUUAACGUCUCACAGGCAGAACACAUGCUACGGGACCAUGGCUACGUAUCUCGGGACUAUGACAACGAGCUCGCCAAUUAUCUCGAAUGGACAGGGCUCGAGGAUCGCGAUAUUGUCAUACAAUAUCCCUUCACAGAAGAAGUGAUCGUACAGAAGAGUGAAGAAGAGCUGGCCAGGAUAGCGGAGCGCAAGAAAGAGAGUGGACGAAGACUUCAACAACAGGCAGCUAAGAUGCGCCUGGAGAAACUGAUGAAGAAGGAGCAAGAUCUGGAAUAUUACAAGCAAUUGCAACGAAACAUCACAGAUCAGACCAAGAAAGAGAUUCGGCGUCAACUUGACAGCAACGACAUUAAAGAUGAGAACCAAUUGGAAAAGAUCAUCAAAGAUUUAGAGAAGGCCAUCAAGAAGGCCCGGACAAAGGACGUUGGUGGUGAUCCAGAGGAGGAGCAAGAACAACCUAACUUCGAUCUUCUUGACAUCCCCGACGACCAGCUUGAUGAGGCCCAGAUCAAGCAAAAGCGUCAACAGCGCCUCCUCAAAUCCAACCACGAGGCUCGAGCACGUGCGAAGGCAGAGAAGGAAGCCGAGAAGGCCCGUGUCAUUGAGGAAGAGCGCGCCGAUACUGAACGACGAGAGAAUGACCUCGAGAACUGGCUCGAUGAGAAGCGUCAACGACGUGCUGAGACGCUGCAGAAAAUGAAGGAACGAGAGCGACUAAAGCAGGACCUGGGCAACCGUAAAUCCCUCGCCUCUCAGAUUCGUAUGAAAAGUAUCGCCAAUCUCGCAUCGGACAAUCCGACCAAGAAGCGAAGACGUGGCGGUGAUGAUGACAAUUUUGGUGCUGACGAUGAUGACUGGGGUGUCUACCGCCAAAUCGCCGUUGGUGACAACAGUGAUGACGAGCAUGAGGAGGAAGACCUCCAUUCGACUCUCAAGUCACUAGAGCAGGACCUUUUACGUUACGAUCCUGACUUUGAGUACGAGCACACCCACGAAGCCCAGUCUGACUGGUCCAAGUCUCUCUUGCACGCCUUUGCCCGAGGUCCCCGACCUUUCGACCCCUCCUCACAAGCCGAGCUCAACCAAAUUCACCUCAACGUUGAGCGAAUCCGUGUUCCCGAGGUUGUCUUUCGCCCCUCCAUUGCUGGUGUCGACCAGUCAGGCAUCGUUGAGAUAGCCGGUGAUAUCCUCAACCAGCGUCUCGGCAAUGUCCCUAACCGCGAUGACUUCCUUCGCGACGUCUUUUUGACAGGCGGUAACACUCUAUUCAAGAACUUUGAUGAUCGUGUUCGCGAGGGUCUUCGUUCUCUCCUCCCCGCUGAUUCACCACUGACUGUCCGUCGUGCCGAAGACGCCCUAUUAGAUGCUUGGAAGGGGGCGGCUGGAUGGGUGGGUACAUCCGCUUGGAAGUCAGCAAAAAUCUCUAAAGAAGAGUACCAAGAAAAGGGGCCAGAAUACAUCAAGGAACACGACAUGGGUAACUCGUAUGCUUGAAUUGCAUAGUGAUGGAAACCCGGAGUCAAAAGCGAGCUUUUUUAUUAGGAGCGGUUCGGGGUAUGAGAAUAAUUUACAUGUUGCCUUAAUCACGAAUCUCUUGUCAAGAGUAAAAAGAUGCCACAGGCGAACACGAUAGACACUUUCAAGCAAAAUCGUCAGGCAGCUGCUCCACACUAAAUGUGUUUUCUGGGACACUUAUUUUUAUUACAGGAGUAGUAUCUGAACUAACGAAGUAUAACCGUCUUGGUGAUA